AUGGCUUCUUUACCUACGAAAUCACCAAGAUCGUCGCCAAAAAUUCGUUCAUCGUCGGGAGACACCGAUUCAUUAGAACAUAGUGUAGAAGAUAUAACGAUCAUUUGGUUCGAUCAAUAUAUGGACGAAUCAGUCAAUCCGAAAGAUGUUGAAAAGACGAAGAAUUUAUUACGAAAGAUUAACGAUUAUGUUUUGUUCUUUUCCAAGCCAGAGCCAUGUAUUGAUUAUGUGAAAUCAGUUCCGAAAGAGAAAAUCUUUCUUAUCUCAUCGGGAUUUUACGCUGUUGAACAUCUGGAUAAGAUUCAUUCUUUAUCGCAGAUCGAUUCAGUUUUCAUCUUCUGUGUAUUUCGAAGCAAAUACGUACCAUUAAUGGAGAAAUAUUCGAAAAUUAUCGAUGUUUUUACUGAACAUAAAGAUUUAAUGACAUCGUUAACAAAUAAUGUCGAGUUAGUGACGAAACAAGCCGCCGUUUUUGGAUUGUUCGAUGGAAAACAGCGGCCGACACGAUAUUUAACAAGAGAAUCAGCUUCGUUUCUGUGGUUUCAAUUAUCAACUGAUAUUUUAAAAACAAUGACUCUAUCAGAGGUAAAAAACACUGGAAUGGAAGAAAUGCUCACAUAUUGUCAAGUUUAUUAUCGAACCAAUCGUCUUGAAUUAAAUAAUAUUGAGCAAUUUCGAAAGACAUACAAACCUGAAGAUGCAAUCAUUUGGUACAGUAAACAAUCCUUUGUCUAUCGAUCAGUGAAUAAAGCUUUACGUACUGAAGAUAUCGAUGCUUUGUAUACAUUUCGUGUUUAUAUAACACAUUUACGAACUCGAAUCGCUUAUGAACAUAAUCAACUUCGACGACAACAUUUGUAUGUGAAUAAAAAAUCGAAAAUAAUUCAUUUAUACCGUGGAUUAAAGAUGACCAAGGCGGAAAUCGCUCAAAUGUGUGAGAAUGUUGGAUGUUUGAUAUCGAUGAAUGGAUUCUUUUCUACAAGUCGAGAUAUGCAACAAGCUAUUCGAUUUGCGACGAAACCGUCUCAAAGGAAUGAAGUUGUUGGCGUUUUGUUAGAAAUAGAUGGAGAUAUCACUUCAGACAAAAUGAUUUUCGCUGAUAUUUCACAAUUCAGUGCGUUUCCAGAAGAACAAGAAGUUCUUUUUGAUUUAGCAACUAUUUUCAAAAUCGUUCAUACAGAAUUUGAUAAAGGAAGAAAUCUCUGGAUUAUUCAACUGUCAGGUGUGGAGAAAUCAGCAUGGACAGUGAGUGAGUAUAUCAAAAGUAUUGGAAGGGAAAGCGAAGAAACCAAUCCAACAUUACUCUUCGGUCGAUUGAUGUGCGAUAUGGGUGAAUAUGCAAAAUCUGAAAGAUAUCUCAAACGUAUCCUUUCCACACUUCCUAAAAAUCACAAAGACGUUGCAAAUAUAUAUUUUUACCUUGGUCGUGUUUGUUAUCUUCGUGGUCAAUACAAACAAGCUUUGGAAUUUUACGACCAAGCAUUAAUUCUACAAAAACGUGAAAUCGAACCCGAGAAACAAUCGUUGGACAUUGCUCGAACAUUACACAACAUUGGAAAUAUUUACUUAGACCAACGACAAACAACGAAAGCUUUGGAAUUUUACGAACAAGCGUUAGAAAUGAAACGUGCAAAGUUAAGUAAUAAUCUCGAACAUCCAUCAAUAGCAACAAGUUUAACUGCAAUCGGAACCAUUCAUCGAAGACACGGAGAUUUAAACAAAGCGUUAGAAUUAUAUCAACAGUCCUAUGAAAUUAAAAAACUCGCUUUACCAACUGAUCAUCCUUCUAUUGCUGAUUCAUUGAAUAAUCUGGGCAUUGUCUACGAAGAAAUGGAUGAUUAUGCGCAAGCAUUAGAUUGUUACGAAAAAUCUCUACAAAUUAAACAAAAAUCUUUACCAUCGACACAUCCAUCUAUCAGUGCCACACUCAAUAAUAUGGGAAUUAUCUACCGGAAAGAAGGAAAAUAUGAUCAAUCAUUGAAUUGUUACACCCAGACAUUACAAAUUGAACAAUCAACAUUAUCUUCAGAUAAUUUAGAUCUUGCCGAUACUUAUAACAAUCUAUGUGUACUUUAUUAUGACCAAUUUCAAUAUAAAAAAGCAUUAGAAAUGGCUUAUUGUAAAUUAGAUAUUUUAAAAAAGCAUUUCACCGAUGAUGAUGAACAAGUGAUACAAACCAAUGACACGAUCAAAGAGAUUAAACAAGAACUAAAUCUAACAGAAAAAGCAACAGAUGUUUAUUUCUAG